AUGACUGCUGAACCCCAAGUGCCGCCCUUCUACACCAAACUCCAGGGCUCCCUUCCUCCCGACUUUACAUGGGGAUAUGCCACUGCAGCCGCGCAAAUCGAAGGCGCCUGGGAUGAAGACGGGCGAGGCCCCUCGAUCUGGGACACAUUCACCCGUCUCCCCGGAAAGAUCAAAGACGGGAGCACGCCAUCCGACGCCUGCAACGCGUACCAUCUCUGGAAAGAAGACGUCGCCCGGAUGAAAGAGUACGGUGCGCGCGCGUAUCGAUUCUCGCUUUCCUGGUCGCGGAUCAUUCCCCUCGGUGGCGAAGCAGACCCCAUAAAUGAAGCUGGGGUCGAAUUCUACAGUACCCUCAUCGACGAGCUUAUUCGCAAUGGGAUCACGCCGUGGGUUACACUGUACCACUGGGAUUUACCUCAGGCUCUGUACGAACGGUACGGGGGCAUGCUUAACAAACAGCGAUAUACGGCUGAUUUUCUGCGCUAUGCACGCCUCUGCUUCGAGCGGUUCGGCGACCGCGUGAAAUACUGGAUCACAUACAAUAAGCCCGGGCUUACUACGCGCGCUAAAUACGCACAGGGACGCAAUGCACCCGGCCAUGUGAGCGAUACGGAGCCGUGGAUUGUCGGACAUACAGAGUUAGUUUCGCACGGAUAUGUCUGCGAAAUGUACAAGCGCGACUUUCAACCAACGCAAACAGGAUGCAUCAUGAUCACACUUGACGGGAACUGGUACGAGCCGUGGGAUGAGAAGGAUCCGAGGGACAUUGAAGCUGCGGAGCGCGCGAAGGAGUUUGAGAUUGGUUGGUUUGCGGAUCCGGUGCAUGGAAAGGGCGACUAUCCCGCCUCGAUGAGAGCGCAGCUGGGCAAUCGAUUGCCUCGCUUUACCGAGGAGGAGCAGAGGGUUGUGCGAGGGAGUUCAGAUGGAUAUGGGAUGAACUCGUAUACUGCGUUCUAUGCCAGGCACCUCGACGGAGUCUCGGACCGUUCUGAUUAUCGAGGGAAUGUCGAGUUUCUGAACGAGAACAGCAAAGGAAACCCUCGAGGUCCCGAGACAGACACACACUGGCUGCGGAUGGCGCCGUGGGGAUGGGCCAAGCUGCUCCGCUGGAUCUGGGCGCGGUAUGGGGUCCCGAUCUGCAUCACCGAGAACGGGACGACGGUAAAGGGGGAACACGAGGGACCGGCUCCUGCCGCGCCAGGAGAGAUUGUCGAAGACCCAUUCCGAGCGGAGCUUUUCCGGGCGUAUCUGGCGGAGGUGGCCAAGGCGUGCCAGGAGGGCGUGGUCAUCAAGUCGUACUUUGCGUGGAGCUUCGUGGACAACUGGGAGUGGGCGCUGGGCUACACUUCGCGCUUUGGGGUGACUUGGGUCGACUACGCCAGCCCGCAAAAGACUCGAUAUGCAAAGCGCUCGGCGUACGCUCUACGGGAGUAUUUUGAGUUUCUUAUAGCUCAAUAA